UGUGCGAGUUGUCUAUUUCAAGAAUAGAUUGGAUCUAUCCGGCUGCACUUUAGAAUAUUUUUAGUAUUUUUUUUGAUAAAUAAGAAAAGGUGCACGAUCUCGACGAAUUACUUCUGAAUAACUUCAGAAAUCAUAUGGAAGAACCAUAGCAUUUCGCGAUUCAUUGGUAAAUUUACUUUGAUUCUCUAUAGACCAAUAAUGUGAGACCAUUAACACGGUUAAAGCUAAACUGCUUGAAGUCCGGGCAAAAAGGGGUACUCUUUCUACAACUACAUUAGUAUUAGUCUCGAAAUGCUUUAAACGGGAAAUAGCUAGUGUAGAAUUUAUCUGAUAUAGAACACUCAUAUCGAUAAAAUAGUUUGAACUAUUUACUAGAAGGGCACGCAGCCCUUUUUCCAAUGCCAAAUCGACGACCUAUGUAUAAAAAAAAGAGAAAUUUUUUGGAUUUGAAGAAAAAAUAAAAGGAAUUCUAUCAAUUUUUAUUUUCCAUUUAUUUAGUUAGUUUUUCUUAAUGAAAUUGAAAUUAUUAACUAACAGAGCAAACACAAAUAAAGAAACAACUUUGCUGACCAUGAUAGAUUUUUAUCUAGUUGGAAGAGUCCUCUUAAUAUUCAUCUAGUCUUAUAUAAGUUUGGGUAUAUAGAAAUACAAACAGAAAAGAGAGGAUAGAGGAUAGGCUCAUUACAUAAAAAAAAGAUAUGGAAAUAGCCAUAAUACAUAACAAAAAAGAAAAAAAGGAGCGGGAGAGCCAAAUGAAUCGAAAGAUUCAUGUUUGGUUCGGGAAGAGAUCAUAAAAAUUGUAAACUUAAUAGCAAGAUAAUCUACUUUCAUUAAAAGAUUUAUUAGAUAAUCGAAAACAGAGGAUUUUAAGUACUAUUCGAAAUUCGGAAGAAUUGCGUAAAGGGACCCUUGAACAACUCGAAAAAGCUCGUAUUCGAUUACAGAAAGUCGAACUGGAAGCAGAUGAGUAUCGAAUGAAUGGAUACUCUGAAAUAGAACGAGAAAAAGAAAAUUUGAUUAAUGCUACUUCUAUUAGUUUGGAACAAUUAGAAAAGUCUAAAAACGAAACCCUUUAUUUUGAAAAACAAAGGGCGAUGAAUCAGGUCCGACAACGGGUUUUCCAACAAGCUGUACAAGGAGCUCUAGGAACUCUGAAUAGUUGUUUGAAUACCGAGUUACAUUUCCGUACGAUUCGUGCUAAUAUUGGCAUUCUCGGGGCCAUAGAAUGGAAGAGAUAAUUCAAUUUAUUAGGUUUUGAACUUCUACUUUUGUUUAGAAUUUAGGCAUUAUUUUUCCCUUGCUUCCAAAAAAAAAAAAAUUAAAGAAACACUAAUGGCAACCCUUCGAGUCGACGAAAUUAAUAAAAUUCUCCGCGAACGUAUUGAACAAUAUAAUAGGAAAGUAGGGAUUGAGAAUAUCGGUCGCGUAGUGCAAGUGGGGGAUGGGAUUGCUCGUAUUAUAGGUCUUGGUGAAAUAAUGUCAGGUGAAUUAGUCGAAUUUGCAGAAGGGACGAGAGGUAUUGCUCUGAAUUUGGAAUCUAAAAAUGUUGGGAUUGUAUUAAUGGGCGAUGGGUUGAUGAUACAAGAGGGAAGUUUUGUAAAAGCAACAGGAAGAAUUGCUCAGAUACCCGUGAGCGAGGCUUACUUGGGUCGUGUUAUAAAUGCUCUCGCUAAACCUAUUGAUGGGAGAGGCGAAAUUGUCGCUUCAGAAUCUCGCUUAAUUGAAUCUCCUGCUCCGGGUAUAAUUUCUAGGCGUUCCGUAUAUGAACCCCUUCAAACAGGGCUUAUUGCUAUCGAUUCGAUGAUCCCCAUAGGGCGCGGUCAGCGAGAGUUAAUUAUUGGGGACAGACAGACUGGCAAAACAGCAGUAGCCACAGAUACAAUUCUCAAUCAAAAAGGUCAAGAUGUAAUAUGUGUUUAUGUAGCUAUCGGUCAAAGAGCAUCCUCCGUGGCUCAAGUAGUAACUACUUUCCACGAAGAGGGGGCCAUGGAAUACACUAUUGUAGUAGCUGAAAUGGCGGAUUCACCCGCUACAUUACAAUAUCUCGCUCCUUAUACGGGAGCAGCCCUGGCUGAGUAUUUUAUGUACCGCGAACGGCAUACCUUAAUAAUUUAUGAUGAUCUCUCCAAACAGGCACAAGCUUAUCGCCAAAUGUCCCUUCUAUUAAGAAGACCUCCCGGCCGCGAAGCUUAUCCAGGGGAUGUUUUUUAUUUGCAUUCACGCCUUUUAGAAAGAGCCGCUAAAUUAAAUUCUCUUUUAGGCGAAGGGAGUAUGACCGCUUUACCAAUAGUGGAGACUCAAUCUGGAGACGUUUCCGCCUAUAUUCCUACUAAUGUAAUUUCAAUUACAGAUGGACAAAUAUUCUUAUCCGCGGAUCUAUUCAAUGCCGGAAUUCGACCUGCUAUUAAUGUGGGUAUUUCAGUUUCCAGAGUAGGAUCCGCAGCUCAAAUUAAAGCCAUGAAACAAGUAGCUGGCAAAUCAAAAUUGGAACUAGCUCAAUUCGCAGAAUUACAAGCCUUUGCACAAUUCGCCUCCGCUCUGGAUAAAACAAGUCAGAAUCAAUUGGCAAGGGGUCGACGAUUACGGGAAUUGCUUAAACAAUCCCAAUCAAACCCUCUCCCAGUGGAAGAGCAGGUAGCUACUAUUUAUACCGGAACGAGAGGAUAUCUUGAUUCGUUAGAAAUUGAACAGGUAAAGAAAUUUCUGGAUGAGUUACGUAAACACCUAAAAGAUACUAAACCUCAAUUCCAAGAAAUUAUAUCUUCUAGUAAGACAUUCACCGAGCAAGCAGAAACCCUUUUGAAGGAAGCUAUUCAGGAACAGCUUGAACGGUUUUCCCUUCAGGAACAAACAUAAAUAUAGCAUGUCUACUCUUAUUAGUAUAACUCGUGUUAGUAGAAGAGGAAUCAAAGAUUUUUCAUUUGAAUCAUGCAAAAUUUUUUUUCGUUUUUAGUAUAGUUAUUUAAAGAAUAGAUAGAAAAAAGAUUGCGUCCAAUAGGAUUUGAACCUAUACCAAAGGUUUAGAAGACCUCUGUCCUAUCCAUUAGACAAUGGACGCUUCUCUUUCUUAUUUUAUUCUUUCUUUUUUAUAUUUCAGAGAAAUAAUAAAAAACUGUUAGACCGAAACUCUUUUAGGAAAGAAAAACAAAUCCAUAUACCAUAUACAAAUGGAUGAUACAUAUAUCAUAAAGAAGGAAUAUGGAGCAGGUAGUCAGUAUCGAACCCGUAACCCCAAGGUUAUGAGCUUUGUGAGCUACCAAACUGCUCCACCUUCUUAGCGGGAAACUAGUGGGUUGGAUAGGCCCCUCUACCAUAUCUAUACAAAUAGAAUAGUCCAUUUAUACAGAAUGGUAAAGAGGGCUCUUCUACGAUCAUCAAUUCGAGAAAACCAUACAAAUAUGAAAGAAAGGGUAUUUUAUCCUUACCAACUGGAUCUUGUUGCACCCGGUAACAAACAUGCAUAAACCAUUUCUCGAAGUAUGUGUCCGGAUAGCCCAAAGUCUCGAUAGUUAGCUCUAGGUCUUCCGGUUAAAAAACAACGUCGAUGAAGGCGUGUAGGUGCACUAUUACGUGGUAGGGAUUGCAAUUUUUCUUGCAUUUUUGUUUUUUCGCUCAAACUCAAAGGGGAAACUUUGCUUCUUAUCUUUUUUUUUGAGGAUCGACGAAUCAAAUGAUAUUUUUGUUCUAAUUUCUGCCGCUUCUUCUCCCUCUGAAUCAAACUUUUUUUUGCCAUAAUGUGCCGUUCCUAUUAUUACCAAGUAUAUGGUUCUAAUCCUAGAUAGAAAAAUAAAUAGCAAAAAUCUAAAAAGGCGGAUCCUCCCUCUCCAUCAAGAGUAAUGAACUGGGUUCUGAUACAGUACAAAAAAAAAUAACUAAAUUAACCAAACUUGCCUGAUGUUGAGGCAAUCAAGAAAGCUGCAUAAGUGAAUAUAUAACCCACGGAAAAGUGGGCUAAUCCGACCAAUCUUGCUUGCACAAUGGAAAGAGCCACGGGCUUAUCUCUCCAGCGAAUUAAAUUAGCCAAAGGUGUCCGUUCAUGAGCCCAUGCUAAAGUCUCAAUUAAUUCCUGCCAAUAUCCACGCCAGGAAAUUAAGAACAUAAAUCCUGUAGCCCAAACAAGAUGUCCAAAUAAGAACAUCCAAGCCCAUACUGAUAAACUAUUCAUCCCAAAAGGAUUAUAUCCAUUAAUAAGUUGUGAAGAGUUUAACCAUAGGUAAUCUCUUAACCAUCCCAUCAAAUAAGUGGAGGAUUCAUUAAAUUGUGAAACGUUGCCCUGCCAUAAUGUAAUGUGUUUCCAAUGCCAAUAAAAAGUAACCCAUCCAAUGGUAUUUAACAUCCAGAAAACUGCCAAAUAAAACGCGUCCCAAGCAGAAAUAUCACAAGUACCGCCGCGCCCUGGGCCGUCGCAAGGAAAACUAUACCCGAAAUCCUUUUUAUCCGGCAUUAAUUUGGAACCGCGUGCAUCUAAAGCACCCUUUACUAAAAUCAAUGUAGUUGUAUGCAAACCUAGAGCAAUAGCAUGAUGAACCAAGAAAUCCCCAGGUCCUAUUGUUAAGAAAAGCGAAUUACUAUUCUCAUUAACAGCAUUCAACCAUCCGGGCAACCAUAUGUUUCGACCUGCAUUGAAAGCGGGGCCAUUCGUUGAAGAUAAGAGUAUAUCGAACCCAUAUGUCGUCUUACCAUGAGCAGAUUGUAUCCAUUGGGCAAAUAUAGGUUCAAUCAAGAUUUGCUUUUCUGGAGUACCAAAAGCAAGCAUAACGUCGUUAUGAACAUAAAGGCCCAAGGUAUGGAAUCCUAGGAAGAGGCUAGCCCAACUUAAAUGAGAUAUGAUAGCUUCCUUAUGGUCUAACAUUCUUGCCAAUACAUUAUCUUCAUUCUGUUCCGGAUUGUAAUCCCUAAUGAAAAAAAUAGCUCCAUGAGCAAAAGCCCCUGUCAUGAUGAACCCUGCAAUGUAUUGGUGAUGAGUAUAUAAAGCAGCUUGAGUAGUAAAGUCUUGUGCUAUGAAUGCAUAAGCAGGUAAAGAGUACAUAUGUUGAGCUACUAAGGAAGUAAUAACCCCUAAGGAAGCUAGAGCAAGGCCUAAUUGAAAAUGAAUCGAAUUAUUGAUUGUAUCAUAAAGGCCUUUAUGCCCACGUCCUAAUCGACCCCCCGGAGGAGUAUGUGCUUCUAAAAGAUCUUUGAUACUGUGCCCAAUUCCGAAGUUAGUUCGAUACAUAUGACCGGCAAUGAGAAAAAUAAAUGCAAUAGCUAAAUGAUGAUGAGCAAUAUCGGUCAGCCACAAACUUUGUGUUUGUGGAUGGAAUCCCCCAAGAAGGGUCAGAAUGGCAGUUCCCGCUCCUUGAGUGGUACCAAAUAAAUGAUUACUCGAAUCAGGAUUUUGGGCAUAAAGAUUCCACUGACCCGUCAGAAGGGGACCCAACCCCUGGGGAUAGGGUAAUACAUCUAAGAAAUUAUUCCAUCGAACGUACUCCCCCCUGGAUCCGGGAAUAGCAACAUGAACUAAAUGUCCUGUCCAAGCCAAAGAACUUACUCCGAAAAGUCCUGACAAAUGAUGAUUCAGACGAGAUUCGGCGUUUUUGAACCACGAAAGGCUUGGCUUCCAUUUGGGUUGUAGAUGUAACCAACCCCCUAUUAAGGAUAGCGUAGAAAGAAAUAAUAGAAAAAGAGCUCCAGUAUAAAGAUCUUCAUUGGUGCGCAAUCCAAUUGUAUACCACCACUGAUAAACCCCAGAAUAAGCGAUAUUCACUGGACCGGCAGCACCUCCUCGAGUAAAGGCUUCCACAGCGGGUUGCCCAAAAUGAGGAUCCCAAAUGGCAUGAGCAAUAGGUCUUACGUGUAAAGGAUCCUGUAUCCAUGAUUCAAAAUUUCCUUGCCAAGCUACAUGAAACAGAUUUCCGGACGUCCAUAGAAAGAUUAUUGCUAACUGCCCAAAGUGAGAAGCAAAAAUGUUCUGAUAAAGACGUUCCUCAGUAAUAUCAUCAUGACUUUCGAAAUCAUGUGCGGUAGCAAUACCAAACCAAAUACGACGAGUAGUGGGGUCCUGAGCUAAGCCUUGGCUAAACCUGGGAAAUCUUAAUUCCAUAAUGCCUUUCAAAUCCUCCUAGCCACUAUCCUACUGCAAUAAUUCUCGCUAAGAAGAAUGCCCAUGUUGUGGCAAUUCCACCCAGAAGGUAAUGGGUUACUCCUACAGCACGUCCUUGUAUAAUGCUCAAGGCUCUAGGCUGAGUAGCAGGAGCAACUUUUAAUUUGUUAUGAGCCCAAACGAUAGAUUCAAUGAGUUCUUGCCAAUAACCACGGCCGCUGAAUAAAAACAUUAAACUGAAAGCCCAGACAAAAUGAGCGCCUAAGAAAAAAAGACCAUAUGCAGAUAAUGAAGAACCAUAAGACUGAAUUACUUGGGAUGCCUGUGCCCACAAGAAAUCUCGAAGCCAACCAUUAAUCGUAAUGGAACUCUGCGCAAAGUUUCCCCCUGUGAUAUGAGUUACUAUCCCUUGAUCACUUAUAGUACCCCAAACAUCCGACUGCAUUUUCCAACUGAAAUGGAAAAUGACUACCGAAAUAGAAUUGUACAUCCAGAAUAGACCUAAGAAAACAUGAUCCCAGGCGGAUACUUGACAUGUUCCCCCUCGCCCAGGUCCGUCGCAAGGGAAGCGAAAGCCAAGAUUUGCUUUAUCAGGUAUCAGACGGGAACUGCGAGCAAAUAAAACACCUUUCAAAAGUAUUAAUACAGUCACAUGGAUGGUAAAUGCGUGAAUGUGAUGGACUAAAAAAUCUGCGGUUCCUAAUGGAAUAGGUAACAAAGCUACUUUGCCGCCUAUAGCUACUAACUCGCCGCCUCCCCACGUUAAGCUGGUACUUGUUGUUGCACCAGGAGCUGUUACGCCAGGCGCGCCAGCAUGGAUAUUUUGUAUCCAUUGAGCAAAGAUGGGUUGUAAUUGUAUGGCGGUAUCCGAAAACAUAUCUUGGGGACGGCCUAAAGCACUCAUGGUAUCAUUAUGAAUGUACAAGCCAAAACUGUGAAAACCCAGAAAUAUACAUACCCAGUUAAGGUGGGAUAUGAUUGCAUCGCGGUGUCUAAGGACGCGAUCUAAUAGAUCGUUGUAUCGAGUAGUUGGAUCAUAGUCUCUUACCAUAAAAAUGGCUGCAUGUGCAGCAGCACCAACUAUUAGAAAUCCGCCAAUCCACAUGUGGUGUGUGAACAAGGAAAGUUGUGUACCGUAGUCAGUAGCUAGGUAUGGAUAGGGGGGCAUAGAGUACAUAUGAUGAGCUACAACAAUAGUUGUAGAGCCUAGCAUAGCUAGGUUAAGAGAUAAUUGAGCAUGCCAUGACGUUGUUAGGAUUUCAUAGAGACCUUUAUGGCCUUGUCCUGUAAAUGGGCCCUUAUGAGCCUCCAAAAUAUCUUUAAGUCCAUGACCAAUACCCCAAUUGGUCCUAUACAUAUGACCAGCGAUCAGGAAAAGAAUAGCAAUAGCUAAAUGAUGGUGUGCAAUAUCGCUCAACCAUAGACCACCGGUUAUUGGAUCUAGUCCUCCGCGAAAACUAAGAAAUUCCGCAUAUUUGGACCAAUUCAAGGUGAAAAAAGGGGUUGCUCCUUCGGCAAAACUAGGAUAAAGUUGAGCCAAAAGGUCGCGAUUCAAGAUAAAUUCAUGAGGAAGUGGUAUCUCUUUAGGAUCAACCCCAGCGUCGAGAAAUUGGUUAAUCGGUAAAGAUACAUGGAUUUGGUGUCCCGCCCAAGAAAGAGACCCAAGUCCUAAUAAUCCCGCUAAGUGGUGAUUCAACAUGGAUUCUACAUCUUGGAACCAGGCCAAUUUGGGAGCGGCUUUGUGAUAAUGGAACCAACCGGCAAAAAGCAUUAACGAUGCAAAAAUCAAUGCACCAAUUGCGGUACAAUAGAGUUGUAAUUCACUAGUUAUUCCGGAUGCUCGCCAAAUCUGAAAAAAACCAGAGGUUAUUUGGAUUCCUCGGAAACCCCCGCCUACAUCACCAUUCAAAAUUUCUUGUCCUACUAUUGGCCAAACUACCUGAGCACUGGGUCCAAUGUGAGUAGGAUCGCUUAGCCAUGCUUCAUAAUUGGAAAAACGGGCACCGUGGAAGUACAUGCCACUCAACCAAAGAAAGAUAAUGGAGAGUUGGCCGAAAUGAGCACUAAAGACUUUUCGGGAGAUCUCCUCCAAAUCACCGGUAUGACUAUCGAAAUCGUGAGCAUCAGCAUGUAGGUUCCAGAUCCAAGUGGUAGUAUCGGGGCCCUUAGCUAUUGUUCUUGAGAAAUGCCCGGGUCUGGCCCAUUCCUCAAAAGAUGUUUUUAUAGGAUCCCUAUCCACAGCAAUUUUAACUUCUGGUUCCGACGAACGAAUAAUCAUUAAGUCCUCCUCUUUCCGGACAAGACAUACAAAGAGACCCGCCAACUGUCUUUUUAUUGAAUCUUUUAAAGAUAGAUAUUAUGAUUAGUCCUUUUCUUUACUAUCUACCGUCCUUCUAUUUUUUUUUUUUAGUUAUUCACUGGAGCAAUUAUAUAUUGAAGUCAAUCCGAGGCAAGUGUUCGGAUCUAUUAUGACAUAAGGAUUAGGUGCCUAACGGACAUUGGUUAUUCUGGAAAAUUAUUUCCCGACAUAACAAAAAAAUCUUUUUUUACGUUUUAAUUUAAGAAGCUGGUGUAUUUUUUUUCUGAGGGUAUAAGCCCCUAUCUACAUCUACUUUCCUUGAGUGAGCAUAAUAUAGAUUUUUUGAUUCGAUUCAAAAUUCCAAGAUAACUCAUUAGAAUUAUUAAUAAGACCGUCCUGAUAUAUUAGGUAGGAAUAUUUAGAUUGCCGAUUUUUAUGUACUUUAUUACUUCUGUUCCAGAGCCUAUCCCUAUUGUUUAUCCUUAUGAAAUAUGAUAUAAAAUUGAAGGUAGAAGAAAGGGAUAUAAUGAAAUUCUUGAUUUGAUUUUCAACCAAACCACCCUUUUUAUGAAAAUGGAGAGUGGUCUUAUUCAAAUUCAAAGCGCUUCGUAAUCUUUAACCAGUUCUGUGCUUCAAUAUAAUUUCCUGGAGUAAGCGCUAUAGCUUGUUUCCAAUACUCAGCAGCUUGAUCAAACCAAGCUUCCGCAAUUUCCGAAUCGCCCUGUAGAAUGGCCUGUUCUCCUCGGUUGGAAUAGGCAGUUCCUUUCCCUAGAACCGUACUUGAGAGUUUCCUACCUCAUACGGCUCAGAAAUUGCUAUCUUAAUUUCCCCUAUCUUAACUGAAUUCGAUUUCUCAAAAAUCAAUCCAAUUUCUUCUUGGGUUAAGCAGAAGAAGUUAAUUACCUAAGUUUCAAACCCUAAUUUUGAUCAAUAAUCAGUUUGAUCUUUUCUCCCACCUUCAGAAGAAUGAAGCAUAGAUAGACCUAUAUCCUUCGUUCGAAUUUUCUGAAAGGUAACUAUCUCGGUUUCGUUUCUUUCAUAUAUGAAAUUUCUAUAGAAUCCUGGAAAAAGACCUUUUUCCAUAAGAAAGAAAAAAGAACUUACUAUCUUUGGGAUCUGAUACUACACCGCUGCUUAAUCCCUUAGUGGAUCGGCUUUAUUACAUAAGCGGAUUCCUAAAUUUUGUCCCAUAUCGUGGUAUAAUGAAGCAGUUUUUUUUAGUUGUAUCGACCCAGUCGCUCACUAAUUGAUCUUUACGGUGUUUUCUCUAUCAAUUUCAGCUUUAUCCAUAGAAUAGUAGUAUAGGCUCUACUUUCUUCCUAUUUUGAUUCUCGUGAAGUGUCCUUCCUUCCUACAGCUGAUAGGGUAAAAUCGUUGUUUUGACGAUCCCUAUGUAGAAAGCCCUCUUUUCUAGUAUUCACUAGAAAAUUUCCUCCUUUCUUUUUUUUCUUCUUUCUAUAGUGGAGAUAGUCGCACGUAAUGACAGAUCACGGCCAUAUUAUUAAAAGCUUGCGGUAAGAAGGGGUUUCGUUCUAGCGCCCGGAAAUAAUAUUCCAAAGCCUUUGUAUGCUCUCCAUUGCUUGUGUGUAUAAGGCCUAUGUUAUAUAGUAUAUAACUUCGAUCAUAGGGAUCAAUUUUCUAGUCGCGUAGCUUCAUAAUAAUUCUGCAAAGCUUCCGCAUAAUUUCCUUCGGAUUGAGCCAACAUCCGUUACGGUCGUUCAUUCUAUUCAAAAAAUCUCCGUUCCAAAACCGUACAUGAGGUUUUCAUCUCAUACGGCUUCUCCCUUCUAUACAUAGUACUAAGCGAAAAAUCUAUAGAAUAAAAAUCGAAUUAGUCCCAUCUCAUUAUGGACCGAAGGGGGCUGGUAUUUUUCCAAGAAAUCUCUAGCCAACCUUCCCCAAGAGGUUUUUCUUAACACCAAUGAAUUAUAUUAAUGCUAGAGGAAAACGAUAGCUCAAGAAUUUCUUUGUCUCACAACGCCUCCUAUUUAGAGGAAUUAGCAACUUCAACGACCUUGAUGGUUAUAAGGGUAUCCAAAGUACAAACCUGAUGGUUGUUUGUUAUCCCAACCAUUUUCCAACCCUGAUACCAAUCAGGAAAGGGCUAAUUUCUAACCAAAGUUUUUCUCUUGUUGAUUCCAUAUUUCGUGGUGUAGUGCUUUUCUCCCCUAUGCUGCCUAUUGGUACUAGUAGAGUCGGAUUGCCCUGUAAUACAGAACCUAUCCUGUAGGUGUAACCUUUCGCUCAAUACUCAAAUCUACAAUUGAAGCAUCUGAGGCCACAUCAAUCGAGGAUACACGACAGAAGGAAUUGUUAGUUCACCUCACCUUCCCCAAGCGCGGGUUUCCUUUACUAAUUUUGUUCUCUCUAUGCGAACCCUCUCUCUUUCUCGUAAGAAUGAGAUAUAGGUAGGGCUAAAAAAAAAAA